ACUCGUCAUAAACGUUCUGCAGGAAAUGAUAGUGAUAUCUCAAAACAAGGCAAACCUGUCAAUCCUGAUGACGUCAGAGGACUGAUAAUUGCUUUGGGUAAGCUGGCCUGUCCCGUAAAAUCCCCCGGAGGUCCCAGAGGACAAAGAGGCAGUCCUGGUCACCCAGGCAAACAUGGACCGCCAGGUCCUCGAGGACUACAGGGACCAAAAGGCGACAAAAGGGCUCAAGGAAAUCAGGGGCCCCCUGGGCCUAAAGGCGAUCAAGGCCCUCAAGGACCCAAGGGCGACCCUGGUGAAUCCAUCUCAGCUCCUUCCAUUGUGUUACCUCCAUUGUCAAUGGUGGUGAACGAAACAGAUAUAGCCUCGUUGCAAUGCGAGGUUAAAGGAAAUCCAGCGCCUCAGGUCACGUGGCUGAAAGAGAAUUCCAGCCUUCCCGCGGACAAGCGAAUAUUCCAGUCACGUGAUGGUCUAAUUAAUGUGGAUGUGACGUCACAGGAUAGUGGAUUGUACACAUGCGAAGCAAGAAAUUUUCUAGGAACAGUAUCGUCCUCAGCCACAUUGACUGUGCAAGGUAAUGAAAUUAAAAAAUUGUUUCCAGCUAGCAAAUCUUAAAUAGAGGAAGUAGCCUUAAAAGGAAAACUAGACAUUCAAAAUGCUCAUGCUAUGAGACGUUGAAGUGAAGUGAAUAUAUUAUACCGCUUUAUUCCAGAAAUCGACAAUUUAUUUUUCAGUUUUUAGUAUAGGUAAUUUCCUAUUUAUUCAGCAAUGAUAACAAGACCAACAACAAACAUUGAGUCUUGUAAACGUUACCGUGAACGUUAACUGCAAGGCGCUAACAUAAGAAGUGCGAAUAAAGACACAAUUGAAGUUUUUCCCAGCGAUGCGUUUCAGAGUCUCUGUGACCCAGGAAGCGGGCGUGGCGUGUCAUCUCCCAGCCAAAAAUACUUUAGGUAGAAAUGACCGCCAGCAAGCUAUUAUUCCUAACUAAUUCCCAGACAAUUUUUAUCUAAGAUGCUCUACUUCCCAGCCAGCAUCACGAUGGCCUGAGGAACGGCUAUUUUGAAUAUCGGCUUCACUGAGCACUCCCGACCCGACCUUUCCUUUUCUCUGACCGUGGAAAUUCAUUUCCAACCCCGGUUCAAAUUGUUGUUGUUUCUAAAUGGUCAUUGGUCAUCUUUUUUAUGCCUUACACUGCCUCGAGGUGGGGCAAUUCGGGAGGGAAUACCUAUGGGCUCCUUUCCCGGAAAAACGGUAACACAUCACUGAUGGUUAUUUUCUCUUUUUACAUAAAAGCUGCCAUCAAGCCAACGUCUCUAGUGCGCAAUCCCACGUCCUGCAGCAGCUUAAAAACAGGCUCUUCAGGAGAUUAUAUAAUCGAUCCUGAUGGCGACGGAGGCGUGACUCCCUUCAACGUGUAUUGUGACAUGCGUGACAAAGGAGGAAUUGGCGUGACAAUCAUCAGUCACGAUAGUGAGAAUAGAACCCAUGUUGGUAACAUUCCAGGUUGCAGUGGAGUGGGUUGCUACAGUAAAAAGGUAAAUUAUACUGGAGUAAGCAUCGCCCAGCUAGAAGCACUCACUCAAGUCUCACGGGAAUGUGAACAAUUUAUCAAGUUUGAAUGCAACAAUGAUGCUCAGUUUAUUCAGGCCAGUUAUGCAUGGUGGGAGUCACGCGAUGGAACACGCAUGUACUACUGGGGGGGAGCAACAGGCUAUACUAACAUGUGCGCGUGCGGAGUAACAAACUCGUGCUCUAGUGAAAAGUGUAACUGCGAUUAUGGAGGCUACAGCAGUGGAUGGAGAGAGGACAGCGGUCUGCUGACAGAUAAGUCCUCCCUUCCCGUAACACAGAUCAGACUGGGAGACUUGGAUAGCUCAAAUGAGGAAGGAUAUCUCACAUUAGGAAAACUGAAAUAUUAUGGGAAAGCGUAA